AUGCGUGAUCGGCUUUCUCGUUGGUUGAAUCGAGAAUUCGGCACAUACCAUUCCUGUUUAGGCCAGGUGUACCAAAACCCAAUUGAACCCCACACAGAAUUGAAAGUAUGGUAUGCUGCCGAUUAUGCCAAAUUUAUGGAAGCUUCUGCAGUCUUCAUUAAAGAAGAAUCUGACGUCUGUCCUUUGCCUCCAGUAGCAAAAGAGCCUGUAGACCCUUGGAUAUGCUCCAGCUGUAGAAGCACCUUUGCAACUUUUGCUCUGCUAGAAUCUCACCAGUGCAUCCAUAAAGACCGAGUCCUUACCACCAGGUUCAGGCCACCAAGUAAAUUGGGACCUGUGAAAGCAAAAAGCAAACUCAAAGGGAAACUGAGAGGAGCGGCAUUAGGCAAAAGCAUUGCUCAGUGCUACGGGACCAUUUCCUGUUCCUCUGCCGCAAAGCUUAGCUGUGCCAGCUCAGGAAGCAAUUGUGAUGCUCUUGUGAGGUUUAUACCUAAAUGGAGAAAUGGCCGGUCUUCACUCUUGAAGGGAAGAGAAGUGAAGCAGCCAGACGGUUAUCCUUGCCGACUUUGUGGGAAGAUAUUUGAUUCCAUUGACAAGCUCACAGUCCACAGUUACACACACAAAGGGGAACGCCCCUACAAGUGUUCACAGCACGGAUGCACAAAAGCCUUCAUUUCCAAAUAUAAACUGCUCAGGCACUCAGCCACUCAUUCUCCACAGAAAUCUCACCAGUGUGGCUACUGUGAAAAGACCUUUCACAGGAAAGACCAUCUAAAGAAUCACCUUCAGACUCAUGACCCUAACAAGAUGGCCUUUAAGUGUGAAGAGUGUGGCAAGAAGUACAACACCAAGCUAGGCUAUAAGAGACACUUGGCUCUUCAUGCAGCCACCAGUGGGGACCUUACCUGUAGGGUGUGUGCCCAGGAGUUUGGUGGUACUGAAGUUUUGUUGGAACACCUCAAAAGCCAUGCAGGGAAACCAACUGGCAAUACCAAGGAAAAGAAACAUAAGUGCGACCACUGUGAGCGUCACUUCUAUACCCGUAAAGAUGUGCGGCGUCACAUGGUAGUUCACACAGGCUGCAAAGACUUUCUAUGCCAGUUUUGUGCCCAGAGGUUUGGGCGGAAGGAUCACUUGACUCGCCAUACUAGGAAGACUCAUCCACAAGAACUGCUGAAGAGCAGGUUGCAGAAUGGUGACUCGGUGGGUCUCCUUGACCAGCUUUUUCCAUUCAGACUGAAGGAAGAUGCCAGCAUACUGUCCCCUUUUCCUGAAAGGGUCUCUGUGCAGAAUGGGAUUUUGAAUAGUUCAGAAUCAGGGGAUUACAACUGUUCACAUCUUCAUUCCCAGCCAAGCUUACAAACUGCUCUUCCUCUUGAACCUUCUCCUCAUUUGCAAAGGAUGGGCUGUGCAGACAGCCUUCCAGCUGUCCAUCCCACACCAUGCUCAACAGCCGUUCCUGCCAACCUGAACCUUCAUCAGCCUAAUAAAUACGACCUUAGUUCUACCUCAUUUGCAGCAGGAUCCCUCAAGCAUCUACCGAUAAAGGUGGAUGUUAAAGGUUACAACGUGCAUCUUCUUGAGGACCUGCCGUUACCAGAACCUCAAUCUCUCCACAAAAUCAAUCUGGAAGAAGCUUCCUCAGGGCCGGUAGGGGAUACUAACAAGUACCCAGUGCACAAGGAGACAGAGGCAGCAGCUGAAACUACGAGCCUGCCUUUCAUGGAUCUCACUCAUGUGAUGAGUUUCUGGCAGCUCCCACCAGGCGACAACCAGAACACUACUGGGGACAUCACAAUGGCAUUUGGUCCAGAGGAACCAUCACACAGGCUGAAUGGCCUUGGCCAACAGCAAGGUCUUCAGCUAGCGACUGGUGGGAUGGCCAUAAACCAGCUGCAUCAUCUUCCUCGCUCCUUUCCAUCCACUACAAAUUCUGUAACGUUGCCUCAUUUUCACCAUGCCUUCAAAUAACUGUCACCGUGGGGUUUUUUUUUCCUUUCUUUUUUUAAGACUGUGCUUCUUACUUAAAUCUGUUAGGAUGAGGUGGUUUUGGUUUGGUUUGGUUUUGCUUUUAAGAAAA